GGGUGAGCCGAUCGUCUAGAAGAUCCGGUGCCGCUUCUUCGAUUUAGUUUGAAUCCAUCCACCAACGGUAACAGACAUCAGGUGUGUUCGACAUCAGUGAUUAAAGACGAUCCCACGGUAUCCAGCAAUACGGCCACAAGCAUGCUGUCGAGCGGCAAAAUCACCCUUGCGGUCGUGAUCUGUACGAUGGCGCUGUUCUACCACGCACAAAGUCAAUCAUGUCCCGAGAAAAAUGGCCGCUAUCCCGUGUCCGAUCAGUGCGAUGCCUACAUCGAGUGUGUGGACGGUGAACCACGACGACAGCUCUGUCCGGACGGAUUACUCUUCAACGACAAGGUGUCGCUGUUCACCUACCCGUGCCAGUACCCGAUCGAUGUAGAUUGUGGCAGUCGCGGACGGACGCAGCCUCCCAUCCCGACGGAAGACUGUCCGCAUCAGUUCGGUUACUACAAGGUCGGCGAUAGGGCCAACUGUGGUCAGUUUAAGAACUGUGCCGGCGGUACCGGGUACGUGCUAGACUGUCCCACCGGGUUGGCGUUCAACUCGGCCACUUACCAGUGCGAUUGGCCGGAUCUAGUAGAGGACUGUGAUGCUGAGGCGUACCUCGGAUUCAAGUGUCCGCCACAGGCCCAGGGGCUGGUCCAGCCGGUACGAUUCUUCCGUGCGCCGGACAACUGCCAGAAGUACUUCCUGUGCGUCGGCGAUAGGCCACGAGUUAACUUCUGCGGUCCGGAGCAAGCGUUCAACGAGCUGAUUAACGCCUGCGAUGGCAUCGCCAACGUAACCGGAUGUGCCUAAACCCAGACCCGGUUGGUGGUCAUAGCUUAAACUACUAACUAAUACUCGAUACUUGUACGUGUGCUAUGUUAAAGAAUGUGUAGUCGCACUCCACGAUGGCUUCCACUUUGGUGUGUGUGUGUGUGUAUAUCUGUGUUUGUGAAUAAACUGAUCACCCAGCGAA